AUGUUUGGAGAAUUAAAGGAAAUAGAAAAAAUAGUAUGAAUUUAUAUUAAUUAUUGAAUAGUCUGUGAUUGAUAAAACAAAAAGGAAAAUAUUAGAAGUAGCAUAUUUAUUAUUUUUCUUUUAUGAAUCAUUAGAUUGGCAAUUUAUAUGUAAGAUAAAAAUAGAUAUUUUAGUUUUAAUGCUUUGGUUAAUUGCAUUAUCAAUAAUUCAUUGGAUUUCAAUAAAAAGAGCUGGGUUUCUAAUUGCUGAAUCUUAAAUUAAUUUUAAUGACAAUGUUAAACUAUUAAUGACAUUCAUUAUGCUAUUUUAUAUUGAUAUAAAAGUAAAUAAUUUGAAAUAGUCUAGUUAGAUAAGUCUUUAUUUUUUUUAUGGAACAGAAGAGAAAUUUUAAAACGUACUUUUUGGUUUUGAAUUCAUGCUUUUGCCAAUUAGAAUAACUUUACCAUUUUUAAAGUAUGUAAUCAAUAUAUUUGAAAUUUUAACUUUUUCUUAAUUUGAUUCUAAAUAAAUUAUCUUUUCUGGAUUAGAAGUAUUAUCAACAAUCUUGAAAUUAUGUGUUUAAAUUAUGCUAUUUAAAUAUGUGUUAAAUACUUAAGGAUUUUUAUUGAUAUUAUUUGUUGAUACUUUUGAAAAUGCAUUUGCAAUGCUUAAAAAAUUAAAAGCCUUUUAUAAUUAGAUUAAAUUAGUUAGAAUGAUUGAUAAGAUAUAAGAUGUAGAAAAAAUAGAUUCACCUGAUUCCACAUGUUUAAUAUGUCUUAAUGAAUUAGAAAAUGGUAAAUAAUUAUCAUGUGGUCAUGUAUAUCAUAAAAGUUGUUUAAAAACAUGGAUUUCAGGAAAUUUUAAUUAAUUUUGUCCAAAAUGCAAAUAAGCAAUUAAAUUAGAUGAGGAUAAGAUUAAUUAGACAGAUUCUUAGACAAAAUAGUUGAAAAAAUAAAUAUUAUUUUAAGAAUUAAGGGAGAUUAGAAGCAAUAUAUAAUUAUUAUAGAUUUUACAAUAAUGUCGAAAUAUUUAAAAUAAUGUAUAGAAUUUUGAAGGAAUUGGUAAUGUUUAAUAUGCAUUACCAUGUGAAGCCAUAAAAUAUUCUUCUGAAGUGACUGAAAUAAAAAGAUUAUAAAAUAAUUAUAUGAAUAAAAUUAUUAGAGGAAUAGAAAAUGGCAUCAUUGAAAAUCAUUUAUUACCCAAAUGA